GCAAAUUAAAGCAAAGAGUUAAUAAUAAUAAUUAAGAUUGGGGUUCGAUCGAUCGGUUGCAAGCAAGGUGGGCGGCUGGAUAGCUAGCUAGCUAUUAGAUUGUUGAUCAUCAUCAUCAUCAUCAUCAUCAUCAAAAGAUGCCUGUAGAAGAACGGGCUUUCGCAGGUGGAAGUGAAAACCAGGAGGAAACACAGAGUGAAAGUAGUAGUAGCGAUGAAAAUAAGGAUGCACAGAAUACAGUAUCAUUUUACAAGCUAUUCGUAUUCGCGGAUGGUUGGGAUAAAAUAUUGAUGUUUGUGGGGACACUUGGUGCUCUGGGCAACGGAUUCAACCCACCUCUUAUGGCAUUACUAUUUGGUGAACUUGCCGAUGCUUUUGGUGCUACCCGCGAAGGGAAGAUUCUCCCCGUCGUUUCCGAGGUUGCUCUAAAGCUUGUCUAUGUGGCCGUCGGUUGUGGUUUAGCUGCAUUUCUCCAGGUGGCUUGUUGGAUGAUCACCGGAGAGAGACAGGCGGCUCGAAUUAGGACUCUGUAUCUGAAAACAAUAUUGCAGCAAGAUAUAGCCUUCUUUGACAAGGAAGUACACACUGGUGAAGUCAUUGGUAGAAUGUCCGGUGACACUGUUCUUAUUCAAGAUGCCAUGGGUGAGAAGGUUGGCAAGUUUCUUCAGUUGAUGACUACUUUUGUUGGUGGUUUUGCAAUUGCCUUCACUAAAGGAUGGCUCCUCACCCUCGUCAUGCUCUCUUCCAUUCCUCCUUUGAUGAUCUCUGGUGGUAUCAUGGCCAGUGUUGUUUCUAAAAUGGCCUCUCGUGGUCAAACCGCUUACGCCAAAGCUGCUGUCGUCGUUGAACAAACCAUCGGCGCCAUCAGAACCGUGGCCUCAUUUACAGGAGAGAAGGAGGCUGUCUCUAACUAUGCACAAUCCCUGGAGUUGGCUUACAAAUCAGCGGUGCACGAAGGGCUGGCCACUGGACUAGGUCUCGGUUCUGUUAUGUUUAUGAUGUUCUGCAGUUACGCUUUGGCUGUUUGGUAUGGUGCUAAGCUCAUCCUCGAAAAGGAUCAUUCUGGGGGAGACACAUUCACCGUAAUUGUUGCCGUAUUAACCGGUUCACUGUCUCUAGGACAGGCAUCUCCUUGCCUGACAGCAUUUGCCGCUGGUAAAGCAGCAGCCUACAAGAUGUUCGAGACCAUAAACAGGACACCCGAGAUAGAUCCAUUCGAUAGCAGGGGAAAAAUUUUGGCUGACAUUUCUGGUGAUAUUGAACUCAUUAAUGUUCAUUUCAGUUAUCCUGCCAGACCAACUGAGGUUAUAUUCAGCGGCUUCUCUCUGUCCAUCCCCCGUGGCACAACCGCCGCCUUGGUUGGCCAGAGUGGGAGCGGCAAGUCAACUGUCAUCAGCUUGGUCGAGAGAUUCUACGAUCCAAUGGAGGGUGAGGUUCUUAUUGAUGGAAUUAAUCUCAAAGAAUUCCAACUCAAGUGGAUUAGGUCCAAAAUCGGUUUGGUGAGCCAAGAACCUGUGCUCUUCUUGGGCAGCAUCAAGGACAACAUUGCUUACGGAAAGGAAGGCGCAACUGAUCAAGAGAUCAGAUCCGCAACUGAGCUAGCCAAUGCUGCUAAAUUUAUCGAUAAACUCCCGCAGGGUGUAGAUACUUCGGUUGGAGAACACGGGACUCAGCUUUCUGGUGGACAGAAGCAAAGAAUUGCCAUUGCCAGAGCAAUUCUGAAAAACCCGAGAAUUUUACUUUUAGACGAGGCUACAAGUGCACUUGAUGCAGAAUCCGAGAGAGUAGUCCAAGAGGCUCUCGACAGGAUCAUGGUUAACAGGACAACUGUCGUAGUUGCACACCGCUUGACCACAGUAAGAAAUGCCGACACCAUUGCAGUCAUUCACAAGGGAAAGAUGGUUGAAAAAGGUACGCAUUCUCAACUGCUGGAGAAUCCGGAAGGAGCAUAUUCUCAGCUUAUACGGUUGCAAGAAUCCCGUAAAAAGGAAGAGGAACCCAUUGAGGAUCCAGACAACGUGAGCUACAGUAUGGAAUAUGGUAGGCAAGCUAGCCAAAGAGCGUCCCUUCUCAAUUUAAUGAGCAGGAGAUCUUCAAGGCUAAGAAGUGGAAGUCACCGCUCAAUGUCCAUCACUUUUGACCUGUCUAGAGGCCUUAGUAUUUCUAGAACUGAAUAUCAAGAUCUAGAACUCGCUUCUGCUGAUGAGCUGAACAAACAUCCGAGUGUUCCAAUGAGCCGACUCAUCGCUCUCAAUAAACCGGAGGCUGGUGUUUUAAUAGCAGGAGCUCUUGCUGCAAUCCUGAAUGGAGCAAUUGUUCCAUUCUUUGGCAUAUUACUCUCUAUUGUCAUUAAAACUUUUUAUGAGCCACCAGAGGAUUUGAAACGGAACUCCAAGUUUUGGUCACUGAUGUUUGUGGCUCUUGGUGGUUUGUCAUUAGUUGCAUAUCCAUUGAGGACAUAUCUUUUCGGUGUGGCUGGUUGUAGGCUCAUAAAAAGGAUAAGAAUGAUGUGUUUCCAGAAAGUGGUCACCAUGGAAGUUGGUUGGUUUGACGAGCCUGAGAACUCGAGUGGGGUGAUAGGGGCUAGGCUAUCUGCUGAUGCUGCUACAAUUCGAGCUUUGGUUGGUGAUGCACUGGCACAAUUGGUUCAAGAUCUUGCCUCUGCAGCAGUUGGACUGGUUAUAGCUUUUAUCGCAAGCUGGCAGCUGGCACUCAUUGUCCUUGCCUUGUUGCCUCUCAUAGCGUUGAAUGGAUUUGUGCAGCUCAAAUUUAUGACGGGAUUCAGUGGAGAUGCAAAGGUGAUGUAUGAAGAAGCAAGUCAAGUUGCUAAUGAUGCUGUGGGAACAAUAAGAACAGUGGCUUCUUAUUGUGCAGAGGAGAAGGUGAUGGAGAUAUACAGGAAGAAGUGUGAAGGGCCAGUUAAGAUAGGUGUAAGACAAGGAUUGAUUAGUGCUACGGGUUUUGGUCUAUCUUUAGCCUUGGUGUACUUCGCCUAUGCCAUAGCCUUCUACGCUGGAGGUCGCCUUGUUGAUGCUGGAAAAACUACAUUUCCAGACGUCUUUCGUGUAUUCUUUGCUCUAACCAUGGCAGCAGUGGCAAUAUCUCAAUCAAGCACAUUUGCCCCGGAUUCAGGCAAGGCCAAGAGUGCAACUGCUUCAAUAUUUGGCAUCCUAGACAGAAAAUCGAACAUUGAUCCAAGUGAUGAAUCUGGCACGAAAUUCGACAAUCUCAAGGGAGAAAUUGAACUAAAACACCUCAGCUUCAAGUAUCCCACAAGACCUAACAUUCGGAUAUUCCGUGACAUCUCUUUGAGAAUUCCCAGUGGCAAGACGGUUGCUCUGGUGGGAGAGAGUGGAAGUGGGAAGUCAACGGUGAUUGCUCUAUUGCAAAGAUUUUACGAUCCAGAUUCAGGGUUGAUUACAAUUGAUGGGAUUGAUAUUCAAAAGAUCCAACUGAAAUGGCUAAGGCAGCAGAUGGGACUUGUGAGCCAAGAGCCAAUCUUGUUUAGUGGAUCAAUCAGAGAUAACAUUGCUUAUGGAAAGGGAGGGAAUGCAACUGAGGCAGAAAUCAUAUCUGCAUCAGAGCUAGCAAAUGCCCACAAAUUCAUCAGCGGAUUGCAACAGGGGUAUGAUACGAUGGUUGGGGAAAGAGGAGUUCAACUAUCAGGAGGACAGAAACAGAGAAUCGCCAUAGCACGUGCGAUUGUGAAAGCCCCAAAGAUACUGUUAUUGGACGAGGCGACAAGUGCACUGGAUGCAGAAUCGGAGAGAGUUGUUCAAGAUGCACUUGACAGAGUCAUGGUUAACAGGACAACUGUGGUUGUGGCUCAUCGGUUAUCAACAAUCAGAGGAGCGGACCUUAUCGGUGUGGUUAAGAAUGGAGUUAUCGCUGAGAAAGGGAAGCACGAAGCUCUAAUCAAUAUCAAAGAUGGUUGCUACGCAUCCCUAGUGGCUCUUCACAUGACUGGUUCAACUUGAUCAUCACCAUCAUCAUCAUCAUAUUAAUUUAUUUAUUUAUCUUGAUUUUAUUUUUGGGUUGAAAAACAAGGUCUUAUUAUUGAGUAUAGUUAGAUGAAUAGUAAUUAUAUAUAUAUAUAUAUUAUGAUGCAAUAAAGAGCAAAGUAGCAGCAGCUAGUGAUAAUAUUGCAUAAGUAAAGUGUAUAUAUAUAUAUAUAUACAUAUAUAUGGACUGAAAAGGACUGAAAAGAAGGAACAGCAAGUCCAACUCCAUUCUGGAGUUAAUAUAUGUACGUGAACCAUGCAUCAUGUGUCGCUACCAAUCUCUUAUUUUUUACAAUCAAAACUUAUUAUUUCUUUGUUUGUU